AUGAACGGAGCAGGGCACGACUGCUCCUACUAUUCCUUCAAGUUUGAGCAUCGCCGGGAGCAGUCCACCAGCCACAUGCUCCGGUCCCUCGCCUACCAAACUGCUCUCCAUCAACACGAGUUCCGUCGGGCUCUUGUUAAUCUCGCCAAGAAAGGUGCUUGUCUGUCCGAGGCGGACUCCAAGACGAUCUGGAGGAUUGUUUUCAAAUCCAUCUUGGCAACUAUCAAGACUGAACAGAGAAUAAUCUGGGUCAUAGAUGGUCCAGAUGAGGCAGAGUCAAGUACUCAGGCGGUAGAGUACCUUUCGGCUGUGGCCGAUCUUAACACCCACAUGCUCCGCGUCCUCGUCCUCAGUCGCCCCCUAGCCAGCAUACACAAUGCAUUCCAAGUCGCAAGAGAGAAGAUGAGUGUCAUGGAGACGCCCUUGCCAGACAACCAAGACGACAUCCGGCUGUCUGUUGCCAACAAGCUCGACGGUCUCGUAUGCGGAGACCAACGCAAAUUGAAACUUGUUGAGGAGAUUGUUGCCCGGUCGCAGGGCAGCUUUCUUUGGGCCAGCCUGGUUGGGCAAGCUGUUGUCGGGAAGACUCGAGAAGGUCAAAUCCAGCAGGCUCUAGAAUCCACACCCAGCGGCAUGGGCCGGCUUUACGAUCGAAUGAUGGCCACGAUAAUGGCGCUGAACAUGGACGAGGACAAACAGUUGGCCAAAGCCCUCAUGACAUGCGCCAUGUUCGCAAAGGCCCCCAUCACGGUGGGCGAGUUCUCGGAGCUCUACCCGUCUGAGACCAAGGGUAUCAUGAGCUUUCGUCAUACAGUCGAGCAAGUCUGCGGGCAGUUCGUGAUCCUCACCCACGACGAACGGGUGCAGCUGGUUCAUCACUCCGCUCGCGAGUAUUUAAUGAGGACGAAGGAGACUCCAUUCCCAUUGGACCCAAGGGGAGCGAACGAAGACAUGCUCGUAAAGUGCCUUGGGGCACUCUGCGACAAGACAUUGAGGCAAAAGGUCACUACGCUGAGCCCGCCAGAAUUCCCCCAAUAUUCGAGCACCUUCUGGCCAGGCCAUCUCCAAGAAGUAGCGGUUGACUCUGCCCGUGCCCUAAAGGCUCUGGUCACGUUCUUCGACGGCCCGUACCCCCUGACGUGGAUUCAGUACCUGGCCAAGACCAGCCGACUUUCGGAACUUCCUGUGGCGUCGCGGAAACUCUCCGAGUUUCUCCAGAAGUACACCAAGGCGGACGGUCCCGAAUCGAUGCUCUCUCGCAGACUGGAAGACGUAUCUUUGUUGCAGUCGUGGGCCGUGGAUUUGAUGAUGCUGCCGGCGAAGUUUGGUCCAUAUCUCUUGGUUGACCCCACCUCGAUCUACAAGCACAUCCCGGCACUUUGCCCGAUGGCAUGCGCCAUCAAUCAAAAGUUCAGCGCAGGUCCUGACGCUCGCCUCGCUGUCUCCGGCCUCUCGGGGGAGUAUUGGGGUGACUGCCUGGCCCGCAUCUCGCCCGGUGGGGAUACAAUCCGGCGACUGGCGGUAUCAUCCCUGUAUCUCGCCGUUGCGAGCCAAACAAUCAUCAGCAUAUACGGAACAGUUCUUUAUGAGGAGCGCUCGAUCAUCGCCUCAGAAGGCAACAUCCUGGACUUGGCUUUCAACAAUUCGGGUAGCCUCCUGGCAGUCUGCACUGCGACUCGAACAACUGUCUACACGACUUCAGGCUGGUCCCUGAUUCUCUGCACCGAAAACCCUAGAUUUUGCGGUGCCGCGAUCGAGCUCAGCCUUGACAAGAACGAUUCCUUCUUUGCGAUAUUCGGCCGAAAAGAGGUUCACAAGCUAUCGAUUCAUGAUCCGACCGAGAACUCAGUCUGGUCCCCGGUAGGCCAAGACGCCGGCUUGCUCCAAGAACAAGGAAUCCCGGGAGGGUCGUUUGCCACACCCAGUGUCAUUCGGUUUAAUUCUGACUGCACACUGAUAGCUGUCGCAUAUGACAACCUCCCCCUGUCUGUUUGGAGCGUAGAGCCUGCCGCUAUGAUAACAAGGCUCAAACGUGAAGGCCGACCGGGUUGCGUCUCGUUCCAUUCAGACACAGGAAGCAACAGCCACGCCUGGCAUCCUUCUGGGGAUAUCCUGGGAACACACGGUGAGCGAGUGUUCAAAUGGGAUCACGUCACCGACAGGUAUGAAUCAAUCAAGGGGGAAAUGACCACUGGGAUCAUCCGCGUCGAAAUCACCUGUGGCCUUAACGGGCAUGUCUUCGGCAUCACUUACCCGUGGCUAUAUAACAUCUACAACUUCGCAACCAUGUCGACAGUUUAUAGGGUGGCUCCGAUUGGUAUACCGCGAUGCCUCCGCUUCAGCCCAAACGAAGCCAGAGUCUAUACUGCUGAGUGGGAUGACCACUGCAGCGUUUGGGAGCCCCGUUGUCUGCAGGGGCUGGCCGACACGGCACCGGUCGGCAGCUUCGAAGCGGGCGUCACGGGCGACAGCCCGGGACCACCAGCAGCGCCGCCGCUCUCAGGCUCCUCGGCCUUGCUCGACUACCUGGAUAGCCUGAAGCGGGUCACCGGACUCGCGGUAGGGUGCAGCUCGGGCGAUCCGUAUGCAUACGCGACCUCGGAUGGUCGCGUCUUUCUUUAUGACCCCCCGAGCAAGAGGACGUGCAUGCUCGCUAGUUCGACCCAUAGGAUCAGUCGCUUUCAACUUUCCUGGAGCUCCCGUCAAGACCUACUAGCGUACGGGACCCGCAAUUUCGGUCCCAUCAGGGUAAUAAAGUCUAGCAGCGGUUCGGAGAGGUGGGCAUCCGUCGAGACGGUACUCACGAUAGACAUGCCACUCGGCUCGGGGCAAUGCCAAUUCCUUCUCAACCCCGCCGGCAACCGCUUGUUUGUCGCCCGAAGCGAGAUGUGCCAGGUUCUCAUGGUCCCGGAAGGCACCAAGAUAGCCGAGACGACAGUUCCACACGGCGAUCGAGGCCGAUGGCAACAGCACCCCCGGAACCCGGAGCACCUGGUCUGUCUUGCGCCAAGUCAUGCUAUAACCCUAAGCUGGGACAAGCUGGAGCAGAAGAAACACAUUCUGCUAGAUAUCCUGAGGGUGGUCGCAGAUGAUCGAUUACUAGCCAGUGUCGAUUUGAUACGGGACAGCCAUUCGCAACAGCAUGCUAUCCUACAAACUAUUGACUCGCGCAAGAGCAGGGGCUAUUGCGUGCUCCCCGCCGAGAGCAUAUACAGCCUCCCCACCGCCUCCCGCAAUGUUGCGGUGGAAAGAGUCGUCAGCCCGCUCGAGCUGCCGCCGCUCCUGGUCCGCAAAAUCAAGCACGGCUUUGGUAUUCUUCCCGAAGGCGUCCUUGUCUUCCUGGACCAGAUGAAUUGGGUGUGCACCAUUCCCCUGUCAUCUCCUACUGAAGAGCUGAGGGAGUUUUUCUUGCCCAGCGACUGGGCAACGACAGAGGACUUGAGACUGUCCCGCUUACUCAGUGACGGUACACUUCUUUGUCCGACCGGAGGGCAGGUGGCUAUCCUCAAGUAUGCAUGGCGCGCCGGUUCCCGGGUAGAUGGUGCCCACGCGACGCCACGACAUCCUAACUAG